CGUCGUUCUGUGUUCGUUUGACGAUACACUGUGUGUCUAAGCGAGCAGAUAGAGGGCUAAACUGCCGCGAAGAAAACGCAUAGCUAAGCAUUGUUUUCAAAUCCUCACUCAGUGUCGAUCAAUAUCGGAUUUCGAAUACGACGUUUCCUUUUUGCUUCCGUCCUGAGUGAGUUGUGUCGUCGGUUAGCCGCUUAGCUUCCAAGCUAAUUUGAGCUAGUUAGCGUGGGGAAGCUAACAUUUUCCUCCCGUUAUCCGACACACAAGUAUCUUUCAACAGCAGAAUCGGAUUUUUUUGUGCAACUGUUGUGAUCUCCAGAGGAAAUAAUGGGGUCGUCUAAGAAACACAAGGAAAAGAGUCGCGACAAGGACACGGAGGAGCGCCGUCGCGAACGGAAGAAGCAUCGCCAUAAGGACCGAGAAAGAGACGCUUCAGACCGGGAUGGAGCUCGGGAUAAAGACAAGCGAAAACGCUCCAGGUCCCGGGACAGAAGCGGACGGGAGAGCCGCAGCAAAGGUGAAAGGAGCACUGGUGAGCCACGAGUGAAAAAGGAGAAGGUUGAUCUUGGUUAUGAAGAAAGCAACGCAGAGGUGGAGCCCCAGUCUGCAAGCGGGGACGCAUCUCUCAGCAUUGAGGAGACAAACAAACUCAGAGCCAAGUUGGGUCUGAAGCCUCUAGAAUUAAAUGACACCAAGAAGGAGCUGGGCACCAAAGAUGAGCCAGUUGUUGCCGAGACUAUCAACCCUUUUCACAUCAAGCAGCAGAAAGAUAUGAGAGAGAAGCUUGCAGCUAUGAAAGAAAAACGCAUCCUGAACCAGAAACUGGGGAAAGUCAAGACCCUGGCAGAUGAUGACUGGCUGGAUGACACAACUGCUUGGGUUGAGAGAAGCAGAAAGCUUGCAAAGGAAAAAGAAAUAGCAGAAAAAAGAGCCAAACUUCUGGAGGAGAUGGACGAGGAGUUUGGUGUCAGCAGUCUGGUGGAGGAGGAGUUUGCACAAAGCAGAAAGGAUGCAUACACAUCUCAAGAUCUAAAGGGACUCAAAGUGCAGCACAAGGUGGAUUCUUUUGGUGAGGGCCAGACUGUCAUCCUGACCCUACAAGACAAGGGUGUGCUUGAAGAGGAGGAAGAUGUGCUUGUAAAUGUGGGACUGGUGGAUAAGGAAAAAGCAGAAAAGAAUGUGGAGUUAAAAAAGAAAAAGCCAGAUUACAAGCCAUACGAAGAAGAGGAGAGUGUGGAUGACAUGGUUGUGUUUAAGUCCCACUCUGUACUGUCAAAGUAUGAUGAGGAAAUUGAAGGUGAAAAGAAAAAGAGUUUCCGGCUGAAUACAGGCGGCUUCGCUGAUGGGGAGCGAGAGCGGGAGCUUCAGGCCAUGAAAGAUGCUCUACGAAAUCAGGCCCAGUCCUUGCAAAUGCCUGCUCUCACUAUUGCCUCAGAGUAUUACACACCCCAAGAAAUGGUGGGAUUUAAAAAGACAAAACGCCGCGUGAAGAAGAUCAGGAAGAAGGAGAAGCUGUUAACUGCAGAUGAUCUUCUCAUUGAUGACACUCGCAGCUCUGAUUUUGGCUCCAGGUCCCGUGGUCGAGGCCGCAAGGAGGUUGAUGAAGACGGUGAGGAAAUAAAGGAGGAGACCAAAUGGCCACAUGAAAUCCCCCAAAUGUCUGAUGACAUCAGGACAGCAGAAAUGGACAUAAGUGACGAUGAAGACUUUACAUCUCCUGAGCCGGCCGUAAUUGAGGAGGAUGAGGCAGAGCAGGAGCUGCAGAAGCAGCUGGAGAAGCAGAGAAAGCUGAAGCAGAAGCAGCUUCUCAAAGACUCUGGGGAGAAGGUGGCAGAGCAGAUUAAAAUACUCGAUUCAGUCAACAGUGACAAUGAUCCUGAAAGGAAGAACAACAUCGUUUUCAACGCCACCUCAGAGUUUUGCAGAACUCUGGGUGAUAUUCCAACUUACGGGCAGUCAGGCAACAGAGAGGACCAAGAAGAAAUUAUGGACUUUGAACAGGAAGAGGAGAAAGAUGAUGCUGGAGAUUCAGACUCAGAGAUGGAUGAGAAUGUUGGAUGGAGCACAGUUAACUUGGAUGAAGAGCAGAAACAGCCAGAUUUCUCCACAGCCUCUGCCACCAUUUUGGAUGAAGAGCCUAUUGUCAACUCCGGCCUCGCUGCUGCCUUGCUGUUGUGCAAAAACAAAGGUCUGCUGGACACUGAAAUGCAGAAGGUGGCCCGUGUCAGAGCACCAAAAGGCGCCUUGCCCAAUGACAACUACUGCAUCGAGGACAAGAUGGGCUUUGAUGACAAGUACAGCCGCAGAGAAGAAUACAGGGGCUUCACUCAAGAUUUCAAGGAGAAAGAUAGCUAUAAGCCUGACGUCAAGAUUGAGUAUGUGGAUGAGUCUGGGCGGAGACUCACUCCAAAAGAAGCUUUCAGGCAGCUUUCACAUCGAUUCCAUGGAAAAGGGUCUGGAAAGAUGAAGACGGAGAGGAGGAUGAAAAAGCUGGAGGAAGAGGCUCUGCUGAAGAAGAUGAGCAGCAGCGAUACUCCUCUCGGGACGGUGGCUCUGCUUCAGGAGAAGCAGAAAUCUCAGAAAACACCAUAUAUUGUUCUUAGUGGGAGUGGGAAGAGUAUGAAUGCAAACACCAUCACCAAAUAAGUCUGGGGGUAGAGUGAAUUAUCUUUAACACAAACAUACACUGACACAUGCACAGACAUACACAUACAGACAGGAUGUUUUAAGUAAUUGUUCAAAUUUCAUUCCUACUUCAUACAAGCUUUGUUGUUGCAGUAAAGAAUUGUUCAAUAAAAAUGAAUACAAAUGA